AUAUUUCUUUUGUCUAAUAUUUGAAUAGUCUUCACACUGUUUGGAGAAAAUAUGCAAAUGGUUAAUUCUUCAUUUAAGUGCAAUGUGUUCCAUUCAUACAAAUCUAAGAUGUUUUUUCAACUGCUUUAACAAAAGUCACUUCUUCAAGGCAACUGGUUUCAUAGUCAUGGAAACUAUACCAUGGAUUUCAUGUCUUCUAAUCUUGCUCCAAUUUACAGUAUGUACCAGCACUACUUCCAACGACACCAUAACCAUAAAUCAAAUCUUUACAGAUGGCGACCUCCUAAUCUCUAAAGAAAAAACCUUUGCAUUCGGUUUCUUUAACCCAGGCAGUUCUAGCUACAGAUAUCUUGGUAUUUGGUUCUACAACAUACCAGGGCAAACGGUGGUGUGGGUAGCAAACAGGAACAAUCCCAUCAAUGGUUCUUCAGGAUUCCUGUCCAUUAAUCAACAGGGAAACCUUGUCCUCUAUGGUGAAGACAGUGAUCCAGUUUGGUCGACAAAUGCUUCUGUUGAGACAACAGGAAACUUAGCUCAGCUCUUGGAUUCAGGAAAUUUGGUUUUGGUUCAACGUAAUAAGGAUAAAAGCAUAUUAUGGCAAAGCUUUGAUCAUCCAACAGAUACCUUAUUACCAGGAAUGAAGAUUGGAGUAAAUAGGAAAACAGGUCAGAACUGGAUGCUGAAAUCAUGGAGAUCAGAAAAUGACCCAGGAAUCGGAAACUUUUUCUAUAGACUCAACCCGAAUGGCUCACCUCAAAUAUUUUUGUAUAAUGAUACAACUCGCUACUGGCGAAGUAAUCCAUGGCCAUGGAGAAUAAACCUAGAGGUAUACUACUGUAGUUUUAUUAACAAUCAGGAUGAGAUAUGUUAUAACUGUUCUCUUCGCAAUACCUCUGUUAUCUCAAGACAGCAGUUGGACCAUUUAGGAAUCAUGAGGUGGCUAGUAUGGCAAGAAAAUGAUGAUCAGUGGAAGGAGUUCCAGUCAUUACCUAGAGAUCGAUGCGACGAUUAUGGACGGUGUGGUGGUUAUGGGAAGUGUGAUUCUAAUACUGUUACUAGAUAUGAAUGUGCUUGUUUACCUGGGUAUGAACCCAAGUCCCCAAGGAAUUGGAAUUUAUGGGAUGGUAGAGAUGGGUGUGUCAGGAAGCGAAAGGAGUCUUCCUCAGUUUGUGGGCACGGAGAAGGAUUUAUAAAAGUGGAAAGUGUUAAACUUCCAGAUGCAUCAGCAGCAGUUUGGGUGGACAUGAGUACGAGCCAUAUUGACUGCGAGCAACAAUGUAAAAGGAACUGUGCAUGCUCUGCAUACUCUACCAUAUUUAUUGCUGGGAAUGGAAGUGGUUGUUUAGCUUGGUAUGGAGAAUUGAUUGAUACAAAAACAUACCCGCCCGAUGCAGGCUACGAUCUGUAUGUUCGUGUUGACGCUCUUGAAUUAGCUGACAGUGCCAGAAGAUCAAGCAGUUCUAUUGAAACGAAGAGGAUUCUAAUAGUGUCUGUUGCAUCAGUAUGGUUUAUAAUUAUCUUAAUUAUCUACUGCUGGCUCAAAAAGAAGAAAAAGAAACGUAAAAUGAAGAGAAACUGGAAUACAAUAGUACUUGACCACCCUAUAAAUGGCUCAAAUUACUACCGAGGUACAAUGGCAGCAGCAGAUGAGCUUGAGGGAGGAAGUAGGAGUCAUCAAGAUUUGGUACUUUUCAAACUCAGCACCAUACUUGUUGCCACUGACAAUUUCUCUCCAGUUAAUAAAAUUGGACAGGGUGGUUUUGGGACUGUUUACAAGGGUCAGCUAUCUAAUGGAAAGGAGAUUGCUAUUAAAAGAAUGUCCAAAACUUCAAUGCAAGGAAUUGAGGAAUUGAAAAAUGAAGUGAUGUUGAUUGCAAAGCUUCAACACAGGAAUCUUGUGAAACUUCUAGGCUGCUGCGUUGAGAGGAAUGAACAGAUGUUAAUAUAUGAAUACUUGGCAAACAAAAGUUUAGACACAUUUCUUUUUGAUGAGAGAAAAAGAUCAUUGAUAAGUUGGGAAACACGCUUCAAUAUUAUUGUUGGAAUUGCUCGAGGGAUAUUAUAUCUUCAUCAAGACUCAAGAUUAACAGUUAUCCAUAGGGAUUUAAAAAGCAGUAACAUUCUAUUAGAUGCGGAUAUGAAACCUAAAAUCUCUGAUUUUGGCAUGGCUAGAUUAUUCAAAAGUGAUGAACUUCAAGGCGAGACAAAUAGAGUUGUCGGAACAUAUGGAUAUAUGUCACCAGAGUAUGCUGUGUUCGGAAAAUAUUCAGUAAAAUCUGAUAUCUUUAGUUUUGGGAUCAUAUUAUUGGAGAUUAUAAGUGGUAAGAAGACCAAUGGCUUUACUCAAAAGGAUGCUUCACUAAACUUGAUUGGACAGGUGUGGGAGUUAUGGAAGGAAGAGAGAGCACUGGAGAUAGUGGAUUCAUCAUUGACAGGUUCUUGUAAUUCUGAUGAAGUCUUGAGAUGCAUUCAGGUUGGUUUGUUAUGUGUUCAAGAAGAUGCAAUGGACAGACCAGCCAUGUUAGAAGUUGUCCUAAUGUUGAAGAGUGACUCGAGUCUUCCUUCUCCAAAACAACCUGCUUUCAUUUUCAGAGCAUCUUCCAGCAAUACCAACUCAGCAGGAGGCAAUGGAGGAUCGUGCUCUAUAAAUGGUGUGACAAUCACUGCAGUCUCAACCCGGUAAUUAUAUAGCAAAAAUUCCUAUCCAAACAUGCUAUAGUUCCUCCCAAGCCUGUGCCAAACAUAAGACUAAUGACUUAGGAGGGUGUGAAUACUUCAGAAGACUAAUGGCUAGUGACUUUGACUAAAUUAUAAACAAUAGCAUGAUUCUUUAUAAAAUUCAAAGACUUUCUGAAUGCUCAUAAAGUAUUCAUGUCUGAUUCUCCAUAGCAAUAGAACAAAAAGCAAAUGGCGUGAUUCAUUAGACCAUUCUUUUCUAUUUUGUUGUAAUAUAAUAUCAUUUUUUUCUCA